AUGUCAUUUAAAUAUCUAGGGGCAAAUAUAACAAGCACUAGGAAUCUCAAAGAGGAAGUAAAAACCCAAACAACAAAGGCAUCAUUAAUAUCAGGAUAUUUAAGGGAUAUAAUUUGGCAAAAUAAAUAUAUGAGCAGCAGAAGCAAAGUGAGAAUUUAUAAGGCUUGCGGGAGACCAAUUAUGACAUAUGGGAUAGAGACUAGAGCAGAUAAUACAACAACAAAACGGCUCCUAAGAACAACAGAAGUGCGUACACUAAGAUCAAUUACGGGAUAUACCUUAUAUGACUGGAAAAGAAGUGAGGAUGUAAGGGAAACAUGUGAAGUAGAGGAAGUAAGAUGGGCAAGAAACAAGAGAAGAGAGUGGAGAGAUCAUAUGGACAGGAUGCCAAACGACCGGUUAGCGAAAAUUGCUAGGGAGAAUAGACCCAACACGCCUCGACCGCCGGGACGACCACCUAUAAGAUGGUAUGAAAGUCGGUCUUCAUCAUCCCAACUGUUCUUAGGGAACCAUUGA